AUGUCUGUUGAUACUAAUGGCUCUCCUAGGCAUCAUCGGCGCACGAGCUCGCUUGAUCAGUUUUCGGACCCCUUUUCGACGGCAGACAUAUAUUAUGGACCGGCAACCGAUCCGAUGAAACAGCGCAGGCAUACAGGCGUCGGAAGAACAAGAACCAUGAGUAUCAUUGGUAACGUUUCCGAUUACAAGCUUGAUGAUUCAAACUAUGUUCCUAUUAGAAGAAGAGGUUCUGAGGAUGAUACAUAUCUCAGCAGUCGUGGCCGUCGGAUGUUUUUCAUAGAGGAUGUCGAUGCAACACUAAAGCAGCUUUUGCAUAGCGAAGAUACGGACGGAAACUAUCAAAUAACAAUAGAGGACACUGGGCCCAAAGUCAUUAAGGUGGGUACUGCUAACUCUAAUGGAUAUAAAACUGUCAGCAUAAGAGGUACUUACAUGCUCUCUAAUCUACUUCAGGAAUUAACACUAGCCAAGAGCUUCGGUAGAAAACAAGUCAUUCUUGAUGAAGCACGCCUUAAUGAAAACCCUGUGAACCGACUUUCUAGAUUAAUCUCUACCCAAUUCUGGAAAGCUUUGACAAGAAGAAUCGACUUAUACAAUGUCGCGAAGAUUGCCGCAGAUUCUAAAAUUGACACACCUGCUGCAAAAAUUCCAAGAAUAUAUGUUCCUUACAACUGUCCUGAUCAGUAUGAGUUUUAUGUUCAGGCAUCCCAAGUAAAUCCAUCGACUAAUCUUGACGUGGAGUAUCUUCCUAAAGACAUCACACCAGAAUACGUCAAAUCUAUAAAUGACAGGCCGGGAUUAUUGGCCCUUGCGAUGGAAAAGCAUAUGGAUCCAGCGACUGGUGAGGAGGUUAUGAUUGGUUAUCCUUAUGCAGUCCCUGGUGGUAGAUUUAACGAACUUUACGGUUGGGACUCUUACAUGAUGGCUCUAGGUCUUUUAGAAUGUGGAAAGACAGAUGUUGCAAGGGGCAUGGUCGAACACUUCAUUUUCGAAAUAGAACAUUAUGGAAAAAUCCUGAAUGCUAAUCGGAGCUAUUAUCUCUGUAGGUCUCAGCCACCCUUUUUAACAGACAUGGCUUUGCAGGUUUUUGAAAGAAUCGGUGGGAAAAGUAAUCCAGACGCCGUUGAUUUCCUGAAAAGAUCUUUCAUUGCUGCGAUCAAGGAGUAUGAAACGGUAUGGACAAGUCAUCCGAGAUACGAUGAUAAGACGGGUCUAUCAUGUUACCAUCCUAAUGGGCUCGGAAUUCCUCCAGAAACCGAGCCCGGCCACUUUGAUAGUGUUUUGAAAGACUAUGCUAUUAAGUAUAAUGUUUCCAUCGAACAUUUCAGAGAACUUUAUAAUGCUGGCGACGUUCAUGAACCCAAGCUUGAUGAGUACUUUUUGCACGACAGAGGCGUACGCGAAUCUGGACACGAUACUACCUACCGUUUUGACGGGGUGUGUGCAUAUCUUGCCACUGUGGACUUGAAUUCCCUCCUUUACAAGUAUGAAACUGACAUAGCCUAUGUGAUUGAGAAAUUUUUUGACGACGAAUACGUUGAUAAAAAUAAUAAAAAGACCGACUCGGCAUAUUGGAGAUAUCUCGCCGAGUUGAGGAAGCAGAGAAUGAAUAAGUAUCUGUGGGAUGAAAAAACAGGUUUCUUUUACGAUUAUCAUAUAAAGAAAGAGGAACGUAUGACAUAUGAAUCUGCAACAACAUUUUGGGCUUUAUGGGCAAGCUUGGCGUCGCCAGAGCAGGCCGAGCUGAUGGUAAAGAAGGCAUUACCUAAGCUGGAAAUGCUCGGCGGCUUAGUUUCUUGUACGGAAGAAUCAAGAGGAGCUAUAUCUAUCGAAAGACCAAACAGACAGUGGGACUACCCUUUCGGAUGGGCUCCUCAUCAAAUUUUAGCUUGGGUUGGGCUGACUCACUAUGGCUAUAUUGGUGAAACAAAGAGAUUAGCUUAUAGGUGGUUGUAUCUGAUGACUAAAGCCUUUGUUGAUUACAACGGUAUUGUGGUUGAGAAAUAUGACGUGACUCGUGCGUCAGAUCCACAUAGAGUCGAUGCCGAAUAUGGUAAUCAAGGUUCUGACUUCAAAGGUGUAGCAACCGAGGGUUUUGGAUGGGUAAAUGCAAGCUACAUAUUAGGACUAAAGUAUAUGGCCAUUCAUGCUAGACGUGCGUUAGCAUCCUGUAUCCCUCCAAAGGUCUUUUUUGCAAACUUGAGACAAGAUGAAAGAGAUGAAUUUGCACUUUAA